AUGCUACGAGAUAUCGUAAUAGUUGGCUCUGGCCUUGCGGGCCUCUCUGCAGCUCUCGCAUUUUCUCAUUAUCUGACACCCCUCAUACCCGAUUUACGCAUUACCAUAUUCGAGCUUCACCCUAUCCCAUCAACAUCCGGAGGCGCUCUCAGUCUUUCACCCGUUGCGCUGAGACAUUUCGACCAUUUGGGCAUCUUGGAUGAAUUGGAAGAGUACGGCCCAGAGUCGGGAGUCGACGUUGAUGCAGUUGAAAUCUUUUCCUCGCGAACCGGAAAACCGAUAUCUUCCCUGGACUUUGGUGGGAAACAUGGACUUGGAUAUGGGGAUGCAGAAACGGGCAAAAGAUACAAGGCUCGUCGAGUCAUGAGGAUUAAUCUGUCGCUGGCAAUGAUAGCCGCGACGGAGAAGAGAGGGAAUAUCAAGAUGGUGUUUGGCAAAAAGUUCCUCAACGCGGUCCAACUAGAAGAUGAAGACCGGAUUGAAGUCCAUUUCCAAGACGGAUCACGAGCAACCGGCCAUUUGCUGCUGGGCUGCGACGGUGUCUGGUCCGCUACCCGCAGGAAUUUCAUAGACCCCGGCCGUGAUGCUCAAUAUACUGGAUUUUCACUUGUGCAAGGGACAGUGAAAACGGCGAGUCUAAAUGUAAAACCGCAUUUUCGAAAUACGUCCAUGAACUUGUCAAAAAACGGAGCGCUACUCAUCACAUUUCACGAGAAACAGCACCAAGAGAUUUUCACCUCUGCAAUGGUGGAAUGCCGUGAAGAAUCCGUCAAGGAUCAUACUGAGACGGAAAAAUGGAAGCGGGAUAUGAUUAAUGAAUCUUUGAGGAAGGAAAUUUCCAGUCGCUUCAAGGAUUCUGUGAUUCCUUUUGUCCGAGAAGUUGCUACCUCGCCGGAGGUUGACUGGAUGAUGUAUCCUAUAUACCAGGUUCCUCUUGGAGGGAAGUGGUAUACCAACCGCGCCAUCUUGUUAGGUGAUGCUGCGCAUGCCAUGCUCCCCCGCGACGAAUCCGCCGCCUAUGCCAUCGACGACACAAUCCUGCUCGCCCGCAUCAUAUCCAACCACAUCGACUACCCACUCGAAACAAGCUUCCAAAUAUACGACUCCCUACGACGAUCAGAUGUCACCCACGCCUUCAAGGACUCAACUAAACUCUGGCAAAGACGCAACGCAGACGCCGGUCCCAUUGAAACAUGGUUCCGAGAAAGACUUAUCCCAUUCCAAAUGAAACACGAAAUGGUCUCGCGCAAGGCUGCAUUUGAGUACGACGCCAGCAAAGCUGCGAUUCCGAGCUUGUCGAGAAAUUUGAGCCCGCUAAGCAGUUUGAGGCCUGGUUCAACGAGUCGUUCGUCGUUGUCUUCGCAUGAUACGGCGCCUUCGAGUGGAGAUAGUAGCAGUAGCCAUAAUGGCCAUUUGCGGGAAUAUAGCGCUUGUGGGUAG